AUGAGGGAUCAAAUCUUCGCGGUUGUGGGAUCGUUUGGCUUCGAUUGUGGAAACUCCUCAUCGGAUUUGAAUUAUCCAUCGUUCAUGGUGCUAUAUAAACUCGAUGACAGAGUAGAUUCGCUGAUUUGGGAGUUCAAUAGGAGGGUCAGAAACGUGGUCCAUGGCGCUUCCAGGUAUAAAGCUUUCGUGACAGCACCCAAAGAUUCCAACGUGACCGUCUCACCUAAUAUCUUGGAGUUCAACCACAAGAAUGAAGAACAAGCCUAUACGGUGAUCGUUACGCAUGCAGGGGCUAAGAAUGGAACGGUAACAUUUGUUCACUUAACUUGGGUGCAAGAGAACGGUAAUCACACCGUUUCAAGUCUAAUUGCUGUCAGCCAAAAGAACUACCGAUCUGGAUAA